GCAUGGGUGUUGAGGUGUACCCCCCUCUCCGGGGGACACCCCCACCCUCUCUGGGGCGUCCCCAUCCCUCUCUGGCCCUCUGAAGGGAGCUAGCUGGAUGUACUGGUGCCCCCUGGUGGCAGUGGGUGGUGAGGUAGGCACCCCUCUACGGGGGUCUGGCCCCCCUCUCUGGGAGUCCAGGUCGAGGAGGCUUCGAAACAGCAUCGUCGUCGUUCGCCGUCCCCCCGUCCCUCCUCCUCCUUCCUUCUUUCACUGUAAGGUCUACCUGUUGUAUUCGACGCAUGCGAUUUGAUCUUAUUUUCGUGGCCAGAUUUAGGGGCAGAUUUGUUUUGCCUCUUGCUCUCUGCACUCACGCAUGUGCAUCCGAAUUUUACGUCAUCUAGAUUCUAAAAAGCUUCUGAAAGCGACGUGGCUCCUCUUCGCUACGUCGCUGCCUCAUCUAUUUAUUCUCACAGAUAUUCGUUUGGACGCGUUGAUAUAGUAACAUAGCUCGGGUAAGAAACUACAUUUGAAAGAAUUAUUCUAGUUUAGUGGCCAAACUGUUAUAAUGGUAUAUACCUACGUCUUCUUUCAUUGUGGCGCCUGACUACAGUAGUUGGCUGGAUGUGUUUUGCUGACGAACCAUCAUGGACCAGGUUAUGCAGUUCGUUGAGCCCAGUCGGCAGUUCGUCAAGGACUCCAUAAGGCUCGUUAAGAGGUGCACCAAACCAGACAGGAAAGAAUUCCAGAAGAUCGCCAUGGCAACAGCGAUUGGGUUUGCCAUCAUGGGCUUCAUUGGGUUCUUUGUCAAGCUCAUCCACAUCCCCAUCAACAACAUCAUUGUGGGCGGCUGAACCUCUGGAGGUGUGAUACAACGACAGAACUACAAUACCCAGUGACCUGAGACAGUGGGGAAACAUGGAAUAGUGGUGGGGGGGAUGAAGGGAUGUGAUUUUUGUUUUUACAUUGUGUGCAUUGUUUAUUUGGCUGUGUUAAUAAAUUGAAGAAAAAGCUG